AUGAAUCGUCUCUCGUGUUUUCUGCUCGUUAUUGGAUUGUGCAUGGGAUUGAGUAACGCAAAGUGGAAUGAGAAAAACUCUGUAUUCUUUAAAAAUUCUCUAGGCCGGAACAAUAUAUUGAAGAUCAAUUGCAUAUCGAACGACGACAAUCUAGGCUUCCACUAUUUGCGACCUGGAGAAACCUACGAUUUCAGUUUUCAUGAUAGUGUUUUGAAAACAGAAUUCUUUUGUGAUCUAUGGCAAGGACCUAAUUUCAAGUUCCAUGCAGGGUUUACGGGAUAUGUAGGUGGUGGUCUCAUAGUUCAUUAUGGUAAAAAGAACUUUUGGGAUGCUAGAGAAGAUGGGAUCUACUUCACACAUGGCAAAAAAACGCCUAAGUUAGAAUACAAGUGGAAGUAA